UGACCUACCCCAGUACCUGUGUUGUUGACAGUAUAAGACAGCGUCCUUUAUCACUUCCCGGAGAAUAAAUUAUCAGCUGGGUUAUGGGAUGUAGCCCGAAAAGAGAUCAUAAUGAGCCUAACUCUGCAUUCAAACGGUAACAACGAUGUGAAUCCGAACCGAGGAGGCCACUUUAGUAUGUCUGACUCCAUCGAAACCUUGGGGUACACGGCUUUAAAGGCAAUAGCCAGCAAGUUAGCCAUUAACCCCAUCACUGGAUCAGGAUGGCAGGAUUUAGCAGACAAAUUGGGAUUUUCAUAUGGAGAAAUUUUGCAGCUGGAGAAUAUGAACUGCGACGCGGCUACGAUGGCGACUAAUAUGCUAAAAGAUUGGUUGAACCGUCGCGGUCGUAGCGCGACUAUUGGGGUGUUGGAGCAAUACUUGAUUCUACUGGGACGCGAGGACGUUUUACAAGAACUUCAUAACAGACUCAGAGCUCCAUUCAACUUGUUGAUCAAACUUGUGUGGGAGGGUAAACCUGACCUCAAUCUGCGAGCAGAGGCUACCAGUGAGAUGAGCCUGGUGGAGGCAGUGCGGGACAUGUUGAAGACGCUUGGUCUCUCUUAUGAACAAGUGGAAUUUAAUGGAAAUUGGGAGAGUAAGGCGAGAGAAUUUGUGGGUAGAGAACUUGUCCUAAAAGUAGUGGGGGACCCUCUUGGUACAUCAAUGUUACCUAAACAGUCUUCACAGGAUUCAGGCCAUGACUCUCAGGGUGGAGAGUCCCCUCAGCAAUCUCCACGUGAAGAUAUAGAGCAGGUGAGUCAAGGUACAGGGUCACAACUUGAUGCUCAGGGUGCCGUGGUGCCUGGGGAAACACAGGGCGCAGGGAGACCAUUUGGUUCAGCUCUGACGAUGAAUCAAGGGGUUGAAGAAACUCAGGACUCUAGUUUCUUGCCAGGCACAAAAAAUGUUGAUUUGGGACUAAAUGGUGUGAUGAAUCUCGGAACAAUGGAAGGGGGCACUUCAUAUAAGUCUCCAUUACAAGUGAGCAGUAGCACAAACACCCAGCAGUUACAGGGUGCAAGUUUGGAUACCGUCUAUGGUACAAGUAACAAUAUAUCUCCCACUUCUAUGUUCACUCUGACUGCCAGUGUCAACAACAGUGCUGUUCAUGACACACGGCAUGUAACGGGGAAAAUGAGUGAAAGUUUUCAGGGUGUUGAACCCAUGGAACUGGACAUUACGACUCCAAAGACCGAGCAGACAUUAUUGUUUCAGAGUGAGAUGCAGGACAGGGGUGCUCUUGGUCAAGGGGAUCCUGUGUCUGGGGAUGGUGAGAUUACACCAACAGAGAAAAGCAGAAGUCGCAGUAGCAGUGUUCAAGUUGAAAGUUUCAGUGAAAUAUUUCGUGAUCAAAGACUGCGAAGUAACAGCGUCCCAGAGAUUGAACCAAUCAGAAUGAAUAUUCCAGUAGAUGCUUUAAACAUUCCUCCUUGCAGCAGAACAGAUACAUCUUUCAACAAUAAAUCAUCUGUUUCUUCCUUAAACAAUGUAUCAAACUCUUUAAAUAAUGUAGAGAUGACCACUUCAGUCAAUGUUUUUCCUGCCACGGAGAAAGUGUCAUGGAGUUUAGAUGAAGAGAUGGAGGAUGUCCAGACCUUGGUUAAACAAGGCAUCAAAGAUCAGCACAACUGUCAAUAUUGUAAACCAUUUGCACAGCAUUAUAAAUCCAAAACUGGGCUGUUCAAGUCUACUCAACAAAGUAGCAGAUUCAGGAGCAACAGCAGCAGCGUCUCGUUUGACAACGACACCAUUUACGAAAAAUCUGACAUUAUGCACUCACUAAGUACGCCUGGGUUGAAAGCUGAUGGUCGUGGAUCACCUGAUGGCAAAGACAAGAGCACCUGCUUAAAAACCUGCCUAUGCUAUCCAGGCUCAAAUUCAGCACAUUCAUCUCCAGAUCCAGAGGGGAGGGUUCCUUCUUUACCAGCAAGGAGGAAAAGUCCACCUCUGCAGGAUAGAGCUUCUGCUGCUCCUUUACCAGUGAAGCAACGGAGCCAGCCUUAUGUACCAGAGAGGAAAAGGAGCCCUCCAUUCCUGGAGAAAAAAAGGAGUGCCCCUUUGAUGGAAACAGAAUUUAGUCCUCCUCUGACUGAGAGAAAAAUGACUUCUCCCAGGAGUGAGCAGUGCAUAGCUGGCAUGACUGGUGCACAUAGGGGAGUAAUGAGGACGGACAGUAGACCAAGUGACUCGGAGUCCAACAUCAUGGCACACAUGGAUCUGGACAAUCAGAGUGUUAAUUCGGAAAUGUUGGAGGAUCCGAGUCCGGAGUCAUUGUACAUCACUAUCCUGCCUGGAUGGCACCCUCUGCUGGAGAAUAAUGGGAAAAAGGUGUUUGCUGUUAUGAAGCCAUAUUUGGGAAAAGAUGGCUACUACAUCAUUCGGUCUCUUGAUCAUGGAAAGAAAGGAGUCACAGUGACGCACCAGGGACAACUGAAACACUUCAAAAUCCACAUGACAGAGGAAAGGGGUACGCUGUUCUUCUAUUUCUACCGGGAUGGUUUCCAAGCCACCUCUAUUCAGGACCUCAUCAAGUACUAUCACACCCAUGACCUAAGUGCGCAGAUGACACCCUCCCACCCUGAAGGUGGCGCCACAGAUGGCCAUGUGGCUUCACUGGCCACGUUCAGUGAUGACUCUGCUGGAGCAUCGUCAUUAUGUGUAGAGGUUUCCAUGGCGAUGGACUCCCAGUCUGCAUCAGCGUCCCAGCCAGUGAGGUACGAAGGGAGUAAACAUAUCAGGCUGCGAGCACCAGUGGCUCCAGUGCCCAUCACAAUUAAUGAUUCUGACAUUAUGGCUAAGAUCUGAUUUUCAGAUCUAAAAAAUAUUUGAUUAAGUCUGAACAUAUAUAUUGCUCAUUGAAAAGAGAUUUUGAUUUUGUUGUAUACUCAGUUAACUGAGACCAUAUGCUUGCCUAUCAAUCUAAAAAUUUUAAAAGAUUUUGAUAAUUUUAACAAUCAUACAAUAGUGGGAUUCAAGUGAACUUACCUUACUGUAAUAGAGAAAGUGUCAAGAUUCACCUACCACUCACUGCGUUUUGUAUCCUUGUAUAUGGGUAUAUUUAUAACACAUGUACAGAGAUAUAUUAUCAUGGUAAUUUCAUAAAACAACAAUACAUCGUAUAACAUUCCAUUAAGAUAAAUGCUUGCAAGGAGAUUCAUGUCAUUUUAUAUGUUGUUUCUGUACAAAAGUGGUAUGUUUCUGUGUAUCAAUAAGUGUAUUUUUCUAUAUCCAAAAAAAAAAAAAAGAAAAGAGGGUAAAAAAAUCCAAGCUUCAGACAUAAACCCUGGCUCAGCUAAAAUUGUACAAUGCAUAUAUAUAUAUAUAUAUAUAUAUAUAUAUAUAUAUAUAUAUAUAUAUAUAUAUAUAUAUAUAUAUAUAUAUCUGCCUAGUGGAGAAAUAUACAGUACCCCAGUUUGACCUAUCAAAUAACAGAUUUUUUGUCCUGUGACCUGAAAUUUUGAAUAGGUUUGUGCACAUAUCCGGUAUCCAUUGUGUGGUUAUUUUCAAGCUUUUCUCUACAGAGUAGCCACUCAAAACAUAUUUUGCCUUUUCUAACAGCGUAAUAGGGCAUGGGUUUUUCCCCCGAACUUCAGUUUGUUUUGGUUCCUCCAACAGGAAAUUGAAAUACUUUUGGCUUGUGUUCUAGGCAUAAUGGAUGGAAUUCAUUAAUGGAUUCUUAAAGUAUUCUUCGGAAAUUUGGUGUUACCUGGGUCAAGAUAAAGCCAAGAUCAAGGUUGCCUGAGCACUUGAAUGAGAAACUCGAGUAUACUGUACUUGCCCAUAUGUAUGAAACUAAAAUAUGAUAUCACUUUUCUCUUACCCGUUAGGUAGGAUAUUUUCCUGGUCUAUUGAUAUUGUAUGUAAUUAUUAUUAUUUUUAAAAUAAAAGUUUAUCUUUUACAGACAAAUUUAAGUCGGACUUCAAAUGAGCCAUGAUGUUAUUCAAAAAUUAAAUCUUAGAGAGCACGAUCACAAGUUGAUGUCUGCAGGUGUGAUAUGUUUCAACUGUAGAGUUUUAAUUAGGAUAUUUUUAACAUUCACUAUGCAUAAAAUUUUAAUGAAAUUGUAAUUUAUAAUAAAAUUGUGUACAAAUAACAGUUGUACAAUAACUGAAUAAGUGCAACUUUAAAAUUAAAAAUUAAAUCUAUUAUCUGACACAAAAUGCACAUUUUUACCUUCUGGGUAUUGUUUUGGAAUCCAAAAGAAGAUUUAUAAUCAAUUUAUUGUCAAUUUAUCAAUUAUUUAUUAUCACUGACACAGAGAGUAAAUAUCAAUGAGAAUGAUGCUUAUAAUCAUCUCCAUUCACUUGUUGAUAUUUAUUAAGUUUCUUCACAUUUUUGCAGACUUUUUAACAUUCCUUGACAAGUGCA